UCCUGCGCGGGGUGCUGUGGGCGGGUGGCGCAAGAUAUAGAGAGCCCUCUGCGUUUAGGAUUUGGUGGCAGCGAACGUGCUGUACAUCUUCAGUUUUUCGAGUAUCGUCGGCUGCGAACUGCUUGAGCAAAGCUAAAUCAAGAUGUCUGCAUUAUUUGGCACACCUGCAAGGGCAAGCAGCAAAAAUUUAGUGGAGUUCAGAGCUGGGAAGAUGACUAUCUCAGAUAAGAGGGUCACACCAGACACCAGGAAAGGGUCUGUGUAUGUCUAUCAGUCUGAGGAUGGCCUGAUGCACUUCUGCUGGAAGGACAGGAAAUCUGGAGUGGUGGAGGAUGAUCUCAUUAUUUUCCCGGAUGAUAUUGAAUACAAGAAGGUUCCCCAGUGCACGACGGGAAGAGUGUACAUUUUGAAGUUCAAGUCGUCAUCAAGAAAGUUCUUUUUCUGGAUGCAGGAACCCAAAACGGACAAAGAUGAAGAGUACUGCACCAAGGUCAACGAGAGUCUGAACAACCCGCCGACGCCGGGCAGCUCGCGGUCCAACGUGUCCACCCCAGCCGCCCUGCCUUCGGAUCUGUCUAAUCUCGGCGAGACGGACCUGCAGAAUCUGCUGAGCGGCAUGAGCCACCAGCAGCUGAUCAGCCUGCUGAGCGGCGGCAGCGUGGGCGGCAGCCUGUCCGGCUUGCUCGGUAACCGUAGGGGUGCGUCAACAAGGAGCCGCGCGGCGGCCCAGGCCUCCAGCGGUGCCGCGGAGACGGCGCCCGCGCCCGCCGCCGCCGCCGCCGCCGCUGCUGCCGCUGCUGCUGCCGGACCGGCCGUCCAGCUCAGCGACCUGCAGAGCAUCCUGUCCAACAUGAACGUGCCCCAGCCAGCCGAAGCCGGCGCCGGCGGCGAGGUGGACCUGUCGUCGGCCAUGACGGCCGAGGCGCUGCAGCCGGUGCUGUCCAACCCCGCCUUCCUGGAGAGGCUGCAGCAGUUCCUGCCGUCGAUCGGCAACAACGAGCAGCUGCCGCCCGCCCAAAACCUGCGCGGUACCCUGCAGAGUCCCCAGUUCCAGCAGGCGCUGUCGCUGUUCUCCUCGGCGCUGCAGUCCGGCCAGCUGGCACCAGUGAUCGGCCAGUUCGACCUGGGCGACGCGGCUGUGUCGGCGGCCGCCGCCGGUGACCUGGGCGCCUUCGUGCGCGCCCUGCAGGAGCAGGGCAAGAAGGACGACGACAUGGCCACCGAGUGAGGCGCCGCCCUCCGCCGGCCCCGGCGCGGCCCUACUGUAUCCGAGAAUGCACCGUACCUACGCAGAGGAUCGGAAAAUAAACGGUUCAGGCGGUUA